AUGCUCAUGCGAUCAGGCAGAAGACACCUCAGCCUUCAUCACGCUGCCACAUUACGGCCAUCCCAACCUCUCACAAAAUGCAUUGGUGCAAGCACAAAUCUGGCAUGCUCCAGUAGGAGAAGCCUCGUCACGAAAUCUGAGUUGCGGAUCUUCAAGAGGAGGCGAAGCUUCGGCGCCGCCGCAGGAUUUUCCCAGGGACGCACUCUGGCCACCGCAAUGGACGAUGUCCCCCUCACCGAACCAUCCUCCUUUGGCGGCAUGAAGGCCGCAGCGAUGCCCACCUAUCCUUCGAUGAUCAACCGACCCAGAUACCACGACCUCCGCGCCUUUGACCCCUCUUCGCCCUUGCGGGUUCAGGAGGCCACGGCCCCUAUUCCCCGAGCCCGAACAAGUCUCACAGGCGUCCCUGGUGACGUAGAUGAGAUGAUCGCCAUCUUCGACGCCUGCCUCCGAGUCGACAACCUAGAACGUGCUGGUCUCGUCCUCAAGCGUCUCAGUGCAGUGGAGGGCGUACCGAGCCAGGAGCUCAUGAUUCUUGGCAACCAGUUCCUGCGAGCCUCGCUCGAGCAGCUGCGCUCACAUCCUGACAGGAAACAAGCCGGAGAUCUGCACAAGUGGUACGAGCUGUUCGUUCGUGGCAAGGGUCUGCCUCAGACCGCCGAGACCGUGGCAUGCAUGCUGAAGGCUUCUCUGCUCUCCGAACACCAGCCCGACAGGCUCGACCGACUGGUGCUGCGUUACAUGAGCAUGGCACCGGGCGAGGCUGGUCUGCGGGUCUUGUCGAUGGCCGAUAUUUUGAAUGAUCAAGAUCUUGCCACUAUCACAGAAGUCUGCCCAACCUACAACCUCGCCCCCGAAGAGCCCUCUGCGGCAGUCGAGGAAGCCGAGGAACAGGCCACCCAGCCCACUCGCCUCCCGCCUCAGCUUCUUGGCGAGCUUCCCGAAGUGCUGGCCACCCCCCAAAAGGGAUUCGGUCUCAAGACUCUCAAGCAAACUCUCACUCUUUUCGACAAGAUGCCUCAGGACUGCGAUAUCUCGACCCUCUCCUAUGAGCAACAACGCGAGAUUCAGGCCCGGCUGGAACGUGACUGUAUCGACGCCGCUGUCGAGCGAUGGCGCGAGGAGAACGAAUCGCUGAAGAAGAUGGGUCUCAACAGCUCCGUGUCCGCCGCUUCUUUGAACUCGCGUCUUUACGACUGGCAGCUCGCCCUGGAAGCUCGCCUGACCGACGAGAUGCGCAAGGUUGAACUGGCCGAGGCCAAGCCCAGGAAGACCCCCGAAGACUACGAUCGUUGUACAUACGGCCCUUUCCUCCGACUCUCCACCCCCAGCCGCUUGGCCGCGGUAACAAUUCUCGGCACCCUCAGCUCCACGGCUAUCCUUGGUGUCGACAAGGGCAUGCCCCUCUCGGCAGCUCUGAGCAGCCUCGCGAAGCUGGCUGAGGAGGAUAUCCGCGCGCAAAUGACCGUCAAGAACAGCAAGACGAAGACGAACAAGUCGAAGCGGAGGCGGGUUGUGCAGGUCGCCAGCAAGUCGUCAAAGCUAGAUGCGGUGCGCGCUGAGCUCGGCGCCGAGGGCGAAGUCAAGCCGCUAGCCAAGGACACCGAGCCAAGGGCAGACACACCGUGGCCUGUUGCCGUCAAGGCCAAGGUUGCUGCCGCUCUUCUCUCCGCUCUGAUCGAUACGGCCAAGAUCAAGGUCGUCAAGGAACACCCCGAGACCAAGACGCUCAUCAGUCAAUACCAGCCGGCCUUCUCGCACGCCACCCAACUCCGCCGUGGUAAGAAGAUCGGCAUGGUCCUGCUCAACAAGGAGCUCGUCAACAUUAUGAAGCGCGAGCCACAAGGCGAUUUCCUCGCCAAGCACUUGCCCAUGGUUGUCAAGCCCGAACCGUGGUCCAAAUUCGACAAGGGUGGCUUUCUUGAGAGCACGAGUAACCUCGUCCGCCUUGAGAUCGCGCGCGCGUUCCGCAACCAGACCUUCUACUUCCCCCACAACAUCGAUUUCCGAGGCCGCGCCUACCCCUUGCCAACAUACCUCAACCACAUGGGUGCCGAUCACGUCCGCGGCCUCCUCCGCUUUGCCGAUGGCAAGGAGCUUGGUGAAAAGGGCCUCAAGUGGCUGAAGGUUCACCUCGCCAACGUGUACGGCUUCGACAAGGCCAGUCUGCGGGAGCGCGAGUCUUUCGCCAUGGACAACCUGGUCAACAUUUUCGACUCGGCCAGCAAGCCCAUGGAGGGCAACCGAUGGUGGCUCAAGGCCGAGGACCCAUGGCAGUGCCUCGCCGCGUGCUUUGAGCUCAAGGCCGCGCUUGAGUCGCCGGAGCCGACCAAGUUUGUAUCUCACCUUCCCGUACACCAGGAUGGAACUUGCAACGGUCUUCAGCACUACGCCGCACUGGGCGGAGACACAUGGGGUGCCAAGCAGGUCAACCUCGAGCCUGGCGACAAGCCCGCAGACGUCUACUCAGCCGUUGCCAACAUUGUCAAGGAUUACAUCGCGAAGGAUCUCGAGACGAACAACCCAUUCGCCAUCGCAGUCAACGGCAAGAUCACGCGAAAGGUCGUCAAGCAGACUGUCAUGACCAACGUGUACGGUGUCACGUUCCAGGGCGCCAAGAAGCAGGUCCUCAAGCAGCUUGAUGCCAUUUACCCGGAUCUUCCCAAAGAGAGUGGCAUCAGUUCAAUGAUGCUUGCCUCGUACAUCGCGACUCUCAUCUUCAAGGGUCUGUCGUCCAUGUUCAGGGGCGCCCACGAUAUUCAGUACUGGCUCGGCGAGAUUGGCGGCCGCGUUUGCCGUGCCCUGUCCGCGGAGCAACUGGAGCGGAUCGCGUCUGACGGCAUCAUCGUCUCGCCAUCGCCCGUCAACCGGUUCAAGAUUACGGAGAAGAAGGAGUCGUCGACGGAUGACCUUCUCGCGCAAUUCCGCGCCACGAUUGUGUGGACGACGCCUCUCCGCAUGCCCGUCGCUCAACCGUACCGCAAGUCAGGCACGCGCAUCAUCAAGACGUCUCUGCAGGAUUUGUCGCUCACGGUGCCGGAACGUUCCGACCCCGUCAACCGCAAGAAGCAGCUGCAGGCGUUCCCGCCCAACUUUAUCCACUCCCUCGACGCCACGCACAUGCUGCUCUCGGCACUCGAGUGCUCGGAGCUCGGGCUGUCAUUCGCUGCCGUUCACGACUCGUUCUGGACCCACGCCGCCGAUAUCGACUCGAUGAACCGCGUGCUUCGCGACUCGUUCAUCCGCAUCCACGAAGAAGACGUCAUCGGGCGUCUUGCUGCCGAGUUUGAGGCUCGGUACAAGGGCUCCAUCUACCUUGCCAAGGUCAACCACGGCACGGCCGUCGAGAAGGCGGUUGCGGCGUGGCGCAAGCAGAACAGGAUGAACACCAAGGAGGAGCUUCUGCUGGAGUAUAAGAGGCAGCAGCUGCUGCGUUCCGACGACGCGGCGCUGGUCGAAGAGGGCCGUCAGAUGGAGACGCCGGCGAGCAUCUUUGAUUCGAUGGCGUCGUCCGAGGCCCUCGCGCAGCCGGAGGACAUGGAAGAGCUCGGUCUCGGCGAGAUUCCCGAGGGCGCCAACUCGAUUGAAGCGAUCCAGGCGGAGGCGCUCGCCGCGGCACGCGCCGAGUAUGCGGGCGAGGGCGGCGAGGAGGGCGAGGACGUCGAGGAGGCGUCGGCGGCCACGCCCGACGAGGGCGCGACGGAGGAUUGGGGCAAGGUGGUCAGCGCCAUGGACAAGUCGCACUUCAACAGCGUCGUGUUCGCGUCGGAGGAGUCGAAGAAGCGCAAGCCGGUGCAGAGGACGAUCCAGAUCUGGUUGCCGUUGUCGUUCCCGGCGAUCCCGAAGAAGGGCGAUUUUGACGUGCGACGACUACGGGAGAGCGAGUAUUUCUUCUCGUGA